AUGGAGCGCAGAGCAAGCCAGGGGACAGACGAAGGACCUGACUCUGUAGGCUCAGCUGGUAGUCGAGCUAGCAGGAAACGCGCUGCUUCUAUCGACGUUGAGGAAGCAAACAACAGCUCGAGGGCGAGAGAGUACAGCUUGGAGACAGGACCGAUGGGCGGCGAGGGCAGCAAAGACUACAUUUGUCUAUGCACGCCCGCUCUGAAAGUUCCAAGACCACGCAACGCCUUCAUCUUAUACAGACAGCACCACCAGGCCCAGGUCAUCGCGCAACACCCAGGACUCUCCAAUCCAGAGAUAUCCAAGAUCAUUGGCGAGCAGUGGAGGAUACAACCCGAAGACGUCAAGGAUAGCUGGAAGAAGCUCGCAGAAGAAGAGAAAAUACGACAUCAACGACAAUAUCCCGACUACCGAUACCAACCAAGACGCGGUGGACGACCGGGAAGCCGGUCGGGCCCAUCCUCUGGAGGAGACACGGGACGUUGCCCCAAGUGCGGAGGCAGAUUCAUCGCCACGCCCAGAACGCCUUCAACACCGUUUAUUACACCGACUGCAGCAAAAUCGAGCAUGCCUCCUCACCAUCCGAGAGAUUUGCGGGGCGGCGGCGGCGACAGCGAGCAGCUCCGCCAUGCUUUGCGUGGCGGUAAACAACCCAUGCAAUACCAAUACGGCAACUUGCGAGACGUCGACGAAGAGUAUGAGGCGACCUCGCCAUCGCCGGAGCUCAAGCGGCGCCGCUUCAACGCCAUGGGCCACUACCAAGCCGUCUCGUCACCGGGUCCGUACACCGGGCACCCUCUAUCGAGACAGCCCCGAUCGUCGCUGAGCAUGCCGGGAACACCGCCUGUGCCGGGUUACGGACCCUUGCCUGGCCCUUCUGCACUCGCGAGGUCUGGCCACGGCACCAUGGCGCCUCCUCCGCGCCCGCAUCACCCUGGAUACGCAGGACCGAACCGCGGCUCUGCCUUUGACGAAAGCCUUCGUCUGCCGCCUUUGCAGACCCAGAACUCCCCGCCGCUUGGCAGAGAUGGCGACACGAACGACCGCCCAAGCGCACACCCGGCCGCUGGUUUGGGCAUUGCAAACUCGCGAGACGCCUGGGCGCAGAGUAUCGAAGCCAUGAUUAUGACGAUACCUUUCCUGAGCAAGCUGAAGGUGCUGCAAAAGAUCAGCCCGACUCUGGCACCGCCAGGCCCUACCAGCCCUGACAUCGAGACCCGUGGCGCAGUCCUUGCCGUUGAAGGGGCUGAUCCCCGGCAGCUGGAGCAGGUCGGCACAGCCAUCCACCGAUCUCUGUUGGGCCUGACGGAGAUUGACCUGAAGAUCUGGAGCGAGGCACCCACCACACCUAUCUCAGUCAUGUCUGCUGAAGAAGACACCAAGAUGAACGACACCGCUUCCGUCUCCAGCAGCAGAAAGAGCAGCCAUUCACAGCCGAGUCUCCAGGCAUCGGAGCUGUUCUCCAACUACAUGCAGACCAUGGUGAGGUGGCACGAGAAGUCGAGGGAGAUCGUCAAGCACGUCACCACCAAGCCAGCCUUCGGACUUGAUGAUCAUCCGCCGAGCAGAAGAGCGUCGGAGGGAGAGGUGCUGGUCGGCUCGAGGCACAACUCGAUCUCGUUGCCAGCCAAGACACCUAUUGCGUUGCUCCCUAUGGGUUUUAGUUUGACCAUCUCGGACAAGUACGCUUGUAUGAUACCCAUUUCCGACUCGUACGCCCCUGUCGACCAUUGGCAAUGGAUGUCAACCCUUUGGAGAGGUGUCAUUGGCCCCGACCUCGUCAUUUAUGUCAAGACUGCAGCGGAGGACGAAGUUGUCCGAGGAGGUGCCGUGGAGUUCAGAGGUCCCGGUGUAAUUGUGGUCAGGAUUGCGCACGGCAAAUCACUAGACGAGAAGGCUGAGCGGCGCAUUUGUUUCGAGGUGAUCGAGUGGAUCCGGGGCGCCAGUUUCCAGGAGGGAUUUGGCCGAGGUUGA